GCAAAUGGCAUCGAUUGAUACUGCAGUCCUCGAGGCUCUCAAGAGUCGCCUGACGACCACUGCUGCGCUCUACACGCCCGGAUCGGAAGGGUACAAGGAGAGCCUAGUCCGCUGGUCGGAUACUGGGUCGAAACCUGCGGGAGUUGUACUUCAGCCAAUUGAUGCGGCUGAUAUUAGCACCGCGUUGUUAUGGGCGCAAGAACAUCGUAUUGAUAUCGCUGUGAAGGGUGGAGGGCAUUCUGCUGCUGGUACUAGCUCCAGUGAUGGGGGAUUGGUCAUUGAUCUGUCGCGUAUGAAGCAGGUUACAGUUGAUACAGCCAAGAAUACAAUUACAGCACAGGGUGGUGCGACAUGGAAGGAGGUUGAUGAGGCCGGUGCAGUCCAUGGAUUGGUAGCUGUUGGAGGAACGGUGAACCACACUGGUGUUGGGGGACUGACACUCGGAGGAGGAUAUGGAUGGUUAAGCGGGCAGUAUGGCCUCACCAUUGACAAUCUUCUGUCUGCCCAAGUGGUACUAGCAGAUGGUAGUCUUGUUACCGCAUCUGCAACUGAGCACCCGGACUUAUUCUGGGGCCUGCGCGGCGCAGGAUACAACUUUGGGGUUGUGGUGAAUUUCACCUACCAGGCAUACGACCAGAAGGAUCCCGUGUACGCUGGACUUCUUGGAUUCACCCCCGACAAGCUGGAGGACAUCAUGGAACAGCUCAACCGUAGCCUGGCAAAUCCCGACCCUCGAUCCGGCGCGAUGUGCAUCUUCGCCCAGGCGCCCGAUGGCUCAGGACCGAUAAUAAUCGUCAUCUGCUUCUACAAUGGCACCCUCAAACAAGGCGAGACGCGGUUCUCCGGAUUUCUGGCUCUCCAACCCGUGCUCAAUACGGUGGAUAUGAUCCCAUAUUCGCUGGUAAACACUCUGCAAAACCCACAAGCCACAUACGGCGGCCGCAAGGCUUUCAAGGGCAUCUUCUACAACCCACCAUUAGAUCCGAAAUUCGCACGAACCAUCUUCAACGACUUCAUGGCCAAGAUCAAGGCGGAGCCGGAUCUUACUCCGUCCGCCAUCAUCCUCGAGUUCACUGACAUGCGUAAGAUCUGCGAAGUGGCCGUAACUGAGACGGCACUGGCGAGCCGCAACUCGACCCAGAAUGGCAUCAUCUAUCUGCGCUGGACCGAUCCUUCUCGGGACCUGGAACACCGACAAUGGGCGCGUGAGAUCCAGGCGAAGUGGAAAGCAGAGCUGGAUGCGAAAUCCAAACACGAUGGGGCGGAGGGAGAGGUUCCUCAAUAUAUAAACUAUGCCGAGCCCGGUGAUUCGGUGGUGUCGAAUAUCUACGGCGAGAAUCUCGGUCGGCUGCGGGGCAUCAAAGCCAAGUAUGAUCCAAAGAACGUCUUCCAUAAGAUGCAUCCGAUUCCACUGGACCAGUAAGGAACAUUAAUUCAACGAAUAUAUUAAACAUAUAGCUCUUAUCUACGGCAGUGUCACCGUUCUAUAGACAUGAAAUCGAAGUACG